AUGCUUGAAUGGAGGGAAGCAUUUGGUGACCUCAACUCUACCUGCACAUUACCUCAGGGACUUCCUUCGAGUGUUGCUGUCAGUGUAUCGCUGUUUGCCUGACAGAUGUGCUGUGUUCGCCACCGCUCCUUUUUCGUCUGGUGCCCUAGAUCUCGGUUUGCGACCAUUCUUCGUUUGCCGGGUAACGGCGUACGACGCCAUCUUGGGGCUGCCAUUUCUUAAGGACACAGGCAUGCUCGUUGGUUGGGGCGCCUUCACCGUCGCGCGCACCGGCCCUUCGCAACCCGUCGCCCAGGAUACGCACGAAUGGGACCGAGCCGUCACCGUAGCACCUAUCUUAUCUGGUUCUGCCAUUGGCUGCAAUCACCCUGGGUUGCUCCCCGACGACGAGAUCAUCGGCCUCGAGCCACACAACCCGCUGCUUGAUGUCGUCGACGAUCCGGCGCUCGACGAUUUCUCUGAGUCCGAAGCACGAACACGAUUGGCUGCCUUACUCGAGAAAUUUUCUGAUGUGUUCGUAGAUUCGCUACCGAUGGACCAACUCCCACCGUACCGGCCAGUCAACCACGAGAUCCCGUUGAUCGAUCCCACCGAAAAGGUCAAACCCCGGGUAUACCCCCUUGCCGACAAAUAUCGCAGCCAGUGGGCGGAACACUCAGCUAAGUACACUCGUGGUCGAUUCUGGGUUUCGGGUCCGAUCGAUUCUGCGGCUCCGGUCUUUGCCAUUCCGAAGAAGAACUCCCAGACGGCUCGUUUCGUGAUCGACCUCCGCGCGCGCAACAGCAACACCGUCAAGCGUUUUUCGCCCAUCCCGGACAUGACCAAUGUUCGAUACGAGGUGGCUCGAUCGCGUUAUCGCUCUAAAUUCGACGUGGCCGCGGCAUUUGAGCAGGUUCGGGUCAUACCGGAGCACGUCGAUCGCACCGGCUUCGCAACGGUGACGGGCACGUACACGUCGCGGGUCAUGCAGUUUGGUGACACCAAUGCGCCCAAUACCCUCAACCUCUUAACCUCGGCGAUGUUCCAGCCGUGUCUCCCGUUCGCCAAGAUCUUUUUCGACGAUGUCCACGUCCAUUCCGAUACCCGUCGCGCGCACUUGAGACACAUCAAGAUCCUGCUGAUGACAUUGAGACAUUACCGGUUCUACUUAGGAUCCAAGAAGUCCGAGUGGUUCUCAAAGUCGUUGGACUCCUUGGGCACCAUCAUUUCCGACGUCGGCAUCGAAGUCGACCCCGCCAAGUGGGUGCGUAUCCGUCAGUGGCCGAUCCCGUGCAACAAGACCGAUGUCCAGCGCUUCCUCGGCACCGUCAACUGGAUGCGAGAUCACCUACCGCACCUCUCAAAGAUUUUGGAGCCGAUCACCGCGUUAAUGGCGCAAUCGACGUCAUGGCGUUGGAACGAGCGAGAACAGCAGGCUUUCGAUACCGUCAAGUCCCUUGUGCCCGCCAUCCUACGACCGAUCGAUGGCGCCAAGGUUACCUCGGGCGAGCACAAGAUGUACCUCUUCACGGAUGCCAGUCGGGUUGGCAUUGGCGCUUGUUUGGCGUCCGGGCCCAACCGUUCGCAGGCCGUUCCAACGCGAUUCUUUUCCGCUAAGUUCAACGGUGCUCAGCUCAACUAUCAUGUCACUGAUAAAGAGUUCUUGGCUGUCGUCUCGGCGUGUCGGGCGUUCGAGCAGCACUUGAUCGGUUACCCCUUCGUCAUCGUCACCGACCAUCAGGCCCUUCGCACGAUAAAAACCCAAAAACUGCGCCAAACGCCUCGGCACAUCCGCAUGUGUCUCGAACUUAGCCGUUUCGACUUCGAAUUUGAAUUCAUUGCUGGCAAGAACAACACCCUGGCCGAUUCGUUGUCGCGUCUGUGGGAGGUCAAGGAGGGAUCGCACGAGGAUCAGGUCAAGGAGAAUGAGUUGGAGGACAUGUUCUUUGAUGGAGAACGCCACGAAUUCACUACACCCGGUGAGAGCCUCCCUGAGGAACGUCCUUGCACUUCACCAUCUCCCGAUCGGUUGCCUCCUGUUGAUUUUGCCCUCGGGCCCCAACACGACGAUUGCGAGGCAGGCUCUCCCGGAUACUACGCGCUCAAGGAGGAAUCGCAAGACGAGGACGUGAAUGGACAGGAAUUAGGGAAUUUGUUCUUGAAGGAAGAAUGCCACGAGUUCAUUACGCCCGGUGAGAGCCUCCUCGAGGAACGUCCUUACACCUCACCUUCGCACGAUCGGUUGCCCCCUGUUGAUUGCGCCUUCGGGCCCUGGGGUCACGGUUACGACGCAGGCUCUCCCGGUUCCCCUCAUCUGGCCGAGAACAUUAUGGACGCCGUCGAUUCGUCUAUCGGCCGCCUCUCUCCUCCCAUCGCUGUCAAUCGAGUUCACGCUAUCGCUGCGGCUCCCGCCAACGACCCGCCCAUUCCGGUCGAUGCCGACGCCGACGAACUCGAUUUGUUGGGAGUUGCCACCGAUGACGUCAACGACACCCCUGUAGUCCAUCGGCCGCCUGAUCCACUGCCCCAACCCUUCCUCGACACCGUCAUCCGAGCAUACGCCAACGAUUCGCAAGCCCAGGUCAUCAUUACCGACCCGCUAUCAUGGCCUAUGUUUCGGGUGACCGAGGAAGGGAGGAUUUUGCGUGUACAUCCAGAUGAGUCUCUUUCCUUGUUUGUGCCUCGUGGUCUCGCUACUGGCGUCGUCAACUCCGACAAGGUCCCAUCGCUGCGCGAGCUCGUGCUUUCGGAGAUUCAUCGAAGUGUCGGGCAUGCAGGACAUCGCAUCACCUUGGCCGCCAUCCGUCCUUUGUACUGGUGGUCGUCCAUGUCUGCCGAUUGCGCCGAGUUCUGCCGUUCAUGUGAAGACUGUACCCGAGGCAAGGCGUCCACUCAAGUCCCCUAUGGCCGACUGCAUCCGAUGCCGAUCCCUUCUGGUCCUUGGGAACAAGUGGCCAUCGACUUCAUGACAGGACUGCCUCCGGUCGAGCUCGAAGGGAUGAUGGUUGCUCAAAUCAUGGUGGUCACUGACACUUGGGGCAAGAUGGUAUGA